UUUCCAUCCGCUAUUCAGUCAGAAGAAAAGCGAGCUUCUAGUAGUCCGCGAAAAGUUUUGUGGAGUAAAAGGAGGGCAAAGUUUUUCUUUCUCUUGGGUGUUUGAUAGUACCUUUCGACUUUUUCAACGCUAGAAAAGUGGAUUAAUAACAGAAAGCACCAUUUUCAGGGGAUUAGAAAGCGUUUAAGAGAGUGAUUGUUUUCGAAGAGGUGAACAAUUGCGAUUUGGAACGCAUUAAAGAAGACAAUUUUCUUUGAUUCGGAUCGCAAUCACAGGACGAACAAUGGCGGCAGAAGGGGAAAACGAAACACUACCGACAACGACGCCAACUUCCACGACCCCGGUUCCGGAGGAAGACAAACCAAAGGAAAUCACCAAACGAUCGCUACGAUUGGAUAUCUGGCAAAAAAUGAGAGAAAUGAAACUUUCGCCGCUACGGCGAUUCUCCAUUUUCAACAAGAUACCCAACUUUACCGGGGCAGAUGAGGCAGCAGAAAAGCUCGCCCAGACCGAGGAAUUCAAGAAAGCGAAUACCAUCAAGGUGAACAUUGAUUUGGCCCAGCAACAUGUCAAGCUGGAGGUGUUGAAGGCUGGCAAGACGCUGCUCGUGCCACCGGCCCAGCAAUCGCCCAACGUGUACGCCAAGAUCAAAUGUAGCAACAUGAGCGAGCUCGAUGCGGCGACGCAGAAAAAGAUCAUCAAACUGCAGGGUCCACCAGAUACAUUCGAAGAGAUUGGUAUGACCGGCACGGAGAAGAUAGACAUGGUUGUUGUUGGAUCCUGCGCUGUUUCCCGACAGGGUUACCGCAUUGGAAAAGGUAACGGCUAUGUCGAUCUGGAUAUUGCAAUUCUAAACGAGCUGGGCCUGAUUACCAAGGACACACUGAUCGUAACGACCGUUCACGAUGUGCAGGUGUUCGACACGCUACCAGAAGAACUGUUCAAAAAUUAUGAUUUACCGCUGGAUCUCAUCGUGACGCCCACUGAGGUUAUCCGCGUGGAGAAGAAACUCCGUCGAUCGACGGGCAUUCAGUGGCAUCUGUUGUCUUCACGUCGUCUGGAUAUUGUACCGGUGCUGAAGUGCAUGAAGGAGGAUCAAGAGAAGGCCGGCAAGGUGAUUGAACUGAAAUCGGACGACACAGACGUGGAGAGCUUCCGACAGAAGGCCAACCAGAGACGUACCCUUCGCCAGUCACAGUCCACUCAGAAACGACGAAGGCGCUCGAGCCGUCGGGUUGAUCCGAACCUGUACAACGAUAGAACCGGAAAUCAUGACGAUGCCGGAGAUAAGACCGACGGAGAGACUGCCGACGAGGGUAAAGCUGUGCGGAAACGUCCCCAGCGAAGAUGGAACUAUCAGCGUAAUAGAUCGGGGAAACGUACCAACAAGGACGGAACGGCAGCCGAUUCCGGAACUGAGAAGUCCGAAGGGGAGGAGAAUAGGAAGAAAGCCGGAAAGGGUGGCGAUAGGAAGAGAUCUGGACGCGCACGGGACAGUGCGGAGAAGGGCGCCAAGAGCGAGCGGAAGGAAAACCGCGGCCAGAGGAGCGUGUGUAUACGCGUUUCGAACAUUAACCGCACGAUGAGAAUCAAAGAACUCAAACAGGAGUUACGCAGCCGAGAUUGCAAUCCAUACUUCAUCAAAUGGAAUGGUUUCCACGGUAGGUGCUAUCUGCACUUCGCUAGGAAACCUGACCAAAGUGAUGAUGUGACCGCGGCCGCUUUGAUGAAGAGACUCGAGGACCUGACACUCACCCUGCCUCCCAAGGAGGAAAAGGAUGGCGAUAAUGACAAUGACGAACCACGAGCGGUGAAAUUGAAAUGUGAGAUUUUCAAACGAAAGGAAGUCGUUAAUGGAGAAGAUACUCAGGGUGAGACCGAACCUACUCAGCAACCCACAACCAACGGAACCGUUCUGGAAGGCAGUCGAAUUGAAACGACUGAUGUGACCGCUGUCUAGAGCGCAGACAGAGGAGGAAACACCGCAAAGUAAAAAAAAGCCACAACACAAAAUGCAGAGAAGUAAAGCGCGAACAGAGUGCAAAAUAUCGGAUAGUGCCGGUUCCUGGUGGGAUAUGCACACCGGAAGCGGUCUACGUCGUGGCCAACGAGUGCCCAUCAUUUCUUUGUCGCGGCCAUUUCGCGUAUAUAACAUUAGUGUGUGUUCGAGAUUUAUGUUUGAAAAAUAGGUGGAAGAAAAUCGCCUUCAUACGCUCCGCGCAUACCGAGAAAGCGAUAUUUUGAGUUAGAGAAAUUGGAGUACGCAGGGGAACGUACAUCGCGGGAACCGGUCAGAAGAUUUCUUUGCAAUGAUAUAAGGAUGCACCCUCAUUUUCCUUCCGACAAAACCAAACACUCAUGGAUGCGGACGCUCGUCGCGUUACGAUGGAAGCGAGCGCGCCCUCCAUAUUCCAAAAGGGGAAGAUAAUCACGAGAGGGCUAUAAGUUGUUAUUGUUUCUUCGUUAUUUACAAUAUAACUUAGAGCUAGAGAGAAUUUAUUUAUUUUACAUUACAAACAAGCUGUUCCUUCCAAUAUUUCAAAACCAUAAUUUCCCGCAUAAGAAAAACAAGAUAGCAUCGAAACGAGAAAGAGAAUGAAAAGGCUCCGAGGCGUGCGCCGAAAUCCGAUUUUUGCCUUUCUAAGCGAAUUCGACGUGUGAUGCAGAGUGGAAUACUGAACAAAACCGAGAACCGACCGUAUAAUAUAUGUGCAUUAGAGAAGAUUGAAACUAGAAAUCAAACGUGAGGAAGAUUUGUUGGAAAAAUAAUUCUUUUUCCUGCUAAGAAGAGCGCGAGAUAUAUGAACCCUGUGAAUUAAAUACAAAUGAUUAGAACUUUUUUCUGUUAUAGAAGAAGAACAAGUUUCGCGACUAUGAUGAACCUAAACCAUAUUUAACCGCACUAGCAGCUCGCUGGAAGUUGGAAGCAAGUGAACAAUCCAACGCUAUAAUCAGAUCAACAUUUGUGUGUAAAUCAGCAGAAAUCGAGACGCAAUUGGUGAUGAUUAAACCAACUGAAUUGUGCACAUUUAGAGGACAGAUUGAGAUGUGCAUGCCUAUAUUUAUAUAAUAUUCAUGUUGAUGCAAAAAAGGUAAUUUUCUUCUUUGCUACUUGAUAUGUGAAUGAACAAAAAAGGAAAAACAAAGCAAAACAAAUACAGUAAAUGAUAUGAAAACGGUGAUCCGUUAGCGCAAAGAGGAAGGACACAGAGAUAGCGUUUUUUCUCACUCAUACACACACAUUAUUCAAAUUAUGUUUUGUCAGUUAACUAUAUGUGUGUCGACACACAAAACCAUUAUUUACAAACAAAACGGAAUGCAUUACAUUUGUUAAAGGAAAACAAUGUCCACAAGACAGAUGUAUUUUGUGAACCACGUUUUAAGAAGAGAUGAUUGCGAAUGCGCAAGAAGUGCAGAAGCUCUGAUUGAUGAAUAAGAUGAAUUUUGAGGUAUAGUUUGUGUAACUUAGGAGGAAGCAAACGAGAAAUGAAAUUGAGGAAAUAAACAAUUACCAUUUAUAAAAUCUAGUUUACGGCUGAAAAUUAUGUAAGGUAUUUGCUGCCCCGUGAAAAUAGGAAGCUGGAUGCUGGAAGUGUGCAAGAGAGAGGGGAAAGACCCACGAAACAUAGAAUGCGAAAUACCGAUCCAGCUUUCUUCGCUAGUAGGGCGUUUGAAUUUUAGAAUGAUUAGAAUGAUUCGAACCUAAAUGGCAAGGAUAAAGGAGGAGUAUCAAUUUCUAUUUAUUUCGAGAACAAAUGUGGAUUUGCAAUUGAAGUACACUAUUUCGAAAAAGGGUUUUGCGUCCAGGAAAGAUACUCUUUCUUUUUUGCCGAUACUCUUACAUAAGAAUAAAAAAAAGAAUAAUUACAAAAAAAAGAGUGGUUCGAAUCCGGGCACAGAUUUACCUAUUGAUUAACCCCAAUCAUUAAAAUACACUAAUAUACUAACUAGAAAUCUUGGUCACACAAUUUGGGAGAUUUAGACAGAGUAAACACCAUCUCCCAGUUGGGACGAAUUUCAAUAACGAAAGUAUAUGUCGGAAGAGGAAAACACAAGGGGCACUCUGAAAACAGAUGAUUGUUCGUUCCACCCACAAUUCAACUCUUCUGAUUUUACAUUGACUUUGGCAUUAAAAAACACUAACAAACGGUUUUCUUCAAUACAAGACUAGGAUAAGAGAAAAUUCAAUUAAGAAGCUAAUAAGAUCACACAGAGAUAAUCAGAGUCUAAAAUUAGAAUUGCGCUAAGGACCCACACAUCAAAACGAAAGCGUAUGCGCGCGCGUGUGUUGGAGACAGCAGAAGGAAUUACGACAACGCACUCACAACAUAAACAAAAGCGUAGGUUUAAAGUCUUAUAUACAUCUUUAUGGAAAGUAAAACAAAUGAAAAGAUAAUCGGAGGAGUGCGAAGCCUUUCGCCUGGACCAGGAAACAAGUAGUGCAGCAACUCGCGAAAGCAGCUUCCCUCCGUGAUUUCUGUGUUAAUGUAAGAUUUGCUGAAUGUGUGUAUGUUUUCUUUUAACAAUGAUAUAAAAUAUAUAACUAUUUAGGCUUCAAGAUUUAGUACCUUCAUUACGCUAACACUAAGUAUAGCUUGCAGCAAAAUCAAACCCUUUAAACAUCAUAGAGAACCCAUUGUGGUUUACGUUCAAAAACAAAUCUACCGAAAGAACGAUACCGUUUAUUUUUCACCACAAUUUAUUAAUUAUUCAAUCAAAAACUAGUUCCAAACCGGUUUCCAGCAUAUUAACCUAUCUAGAGUACCUUUUUGUGCAAGCGCGCAAAUAAGGCCGAGGAUACAACACACACACACACUCACACCAGAGGUACAGUAGCCGUAAGAAGAAAAUACGCAAAUGAAUAUUAUUCGUGAACAAGAACAAGAACAAAAAAAAAUUAGGCCGUAAAAAGUGGUUCAAGAAAAGCCGGCGCAAAAUGUUGUGACAGCGCAUCGUGUGAGCUCCGGUUUUCGAUAGAAACUUCUUUCAUUGUUUAUUCCAAAAAAUAUGCGAAAAAGUUACGAGUCAACAAAUAUUAGCGGACAGGAAAAAGAAUUAAAGGUUUAUUGGAGUGAAACUUUCCAAUUCCUAAAACCGACGACACGACGACUACUGAGAGAGUACAGUAUCGAGAACAGAGUAAAAAAAACCUAAAAGAAAGCACAUUCGGAACGCGAAGGCUUGGUUUAGAGAAAGAAGAGAAGAAAAAAAAAACGCCGAUACACUCAAUGGAAGCAUUGAGGGAAAAAGAAAGCGCGCGCGGUAGUUCAAAAGAAAGAAACAAAAGAAAAAAAUCGUAGUAAAUUACACAAAAUAAAACAACGCCCAGGGAUUAAACAUAAACGAAAGAAGAAGAAGCAACCCAACACACAAAACGGUAACCUUUAUUACGCAAUGAAAAAAAAAACAAAACAGAAA